AUGCCGAUCUUUGCACUGCAACUGAAAGCAAGAAUGGUGAAUGUAACGGAACUAGCACCAGCGGGCAAUUGGAAAACGUUCAAGUGGCAUUUGAAGGAAAAGCAGCAGGUUGGCAACAGGGGAACCUCUUUAGAAAUCAUGCAAGAUUCGUUUCGACCAUACGUGAUCAGUUCAGAAGGAGACGAUGAUGAUUUUAAAGAUAUCAUUCAUUUCAACUGUCGUGGCAUGGAACCAACUGAUUUCGAUCCAAGAUCUGGUUGGGCAGCGAACGCAACGGAUUCAGACAUUCGUUUCGAUUCUAUUGAUCUCAGUGAAAAGGUUUGA